AUGAUCUCAGUGGGAGCGUCUAUUAGAGGGGCGUGUGUCUAUCAGAUUGCUCCAUUGAGAGUUUAUUCUUCUGCAGGUGCACGUAAGCCUGUAAGACUUACCAACCGGCCACCGUCUAAGACACACUUUUGGGCCAGCGAGAAACCUAUAACUUCAGCCACUAUAUCUUCACCAUCCAAAGCCAAGAAAACAGAUAGGCAACCUACUAGGUUUUGGAAAAAGGCCCUUAUUGGUCUCUUUGGAUCGACUUUCCUCAUAUAUUUAGGAGACUCGUAUCUUGGGCAUGGUAUCAUUGAGAGAAACGUGAGGUCGAUAUCCACUUUGAUUGCGUUGUCCGUUGACUACAAAAUGCAUUUCCAGGAAGAUUACGACGUGGAUGCAUUACAUGAAAGAAACGCUCAAAGGUUGUAUGAUUUGAUACUCGAAAACAAGGGGCUUUAUAUCAAGCUUGGACAAAUGAUUGCGGUUCAGGGAACCAUGUUCCCCAAACAUUAUCAGGACAAAUUCAAGAUGCUCUUUGACAGAGCCCCAGUUGAGCCUUGGUCAACUUGUGAUAUGACCUUGAGAAAAGAAUUGGGACAGGACUAUCAGGAGAAACUCUUUCAAUCUAUUGAGAAAGAACCUGUUGCUUCUGCUUCCAUUGCACAGGUUCAUCAGGCCGUUUUAAAGAAUGGGGAAAAAGUUGCUGUUAAAAUCCAAAAGAACUCGGUCUCAAGGCAGAUGGAAUCAGAUUUAUUUACUUACAGGUACGUUAUGUAUUUUUAUGGAUGGUUGUUUGAAAUGCCCUUGGAGAAAACCGUCAAUUAUGUCUGCGACAAAAUGAGGGAGGAACUCAACUUCAAGAAGGAGUAUCAAAAUGCAAAAAUGAUUACUAAACUGAUCGAAGAUGACGAUGAAUUCAGUAAGAGUCAACAAUACUAUAUUCCGAAAUACUACGGUGAUAUUUCCAGUGCUAAAAUUUUGAUAAGUGAAUGGAUGGAUGCCCAAUUGGUCAGUAAAUACCAAGAGUUGUCUGACUAUGGGUUCAAUUUAAAGAUACUCUUAACUCAGAUUACCAAGAUUUACGCUCGUCAGGUAUUCACAUGGGGAUUGGUUCACUGUGAUCUCCAUCCGGGUAAUCUAAUGGUUAGAAACAUUGAAGUUGAGAAUUAUAAUUGGCUCACAUCGAUGUUUUGGAGACGUAAAAAUAUUCAGCAGCUGGUUAUUUUAGAUCACGGCUUGUACGAGAAUUUUACACCUAAAUUCAAAAGGCAAUAUGCGGAAUUUUGGAAAUAUAGUAUGGAAAAGCAUUACGACAAAACUAAAGAGGUAUUAUCCUCAUGGGGAAUUGAGGUUGAUGAAAUGACUAUGACCCUGAUUGGUAUAGGGGACAGGCAUAGUCCAUUGAUAAAAGAGCAUGUUAAAAAAGUUAUGAAUAUGACCUACUUUCAAAGACAAUUGAUGUUAAAGGAGAAAAUGAAAGAGUUUUUUCAGAACACUGAUAAGUUUCCCCUAUGUUUAGUUUUUGUGAUGAGAUCGAUGCGAAUCCUCCAAGGCUUGAAUAGAAAUUUUGGUGCUCCAGUAAACAGAUUGGCAUUGCUAGUUGAUGAGGCAAACAAAAGCGUUGAACACCUCAUACUACAAACAGGUGAAGCAGAUAAUUGGAAAGACUAUUUCACUAGAAAAUAUGUUUCUCUCACAGUCAAGGUCGUUAGUAACAUACUAUUCAGUAUUAACAAAACUUACAUUUGGCUAUGUAAUCGUAUUUCCAACCUACAUGUGCAGAAUUUGGAAGAUGCGUAUGAUGAGGAAAUCGUUGCAGCGGGACAGAUGAUGGGUUUCGAGAGCGUUCCAUCUUCAAAAGAGCUUAUAGUAUGA